AUCUAAAUAAAAUGACAGUAGUCAAUAGAGAUUUACUACAUAAGAAUUUAUUGUAGUUAAAAAAUUAGAGAGUAUAUCAAACAAGGUUGCACGUUAUCUCGAUUCGUACAAUUGAGCACGAACACCAAACCUUAUUUGACAAAUUGAUGAUCCAAGUGUCGUCUGCUGCAGAGAGCUGACUGCAGCAAUAUAUUUGUAUUCCAACCGUCCUCCACGAUUCCCUCAUUUUUUUUUUACACGUUCGUCCUCAGGAAUUAAGUAAUAUACGCCAUGGCAUUUCAAAUUUCCAAUAUCAGAAAUGUUUUGCGCUUGGGAAAACACGUGCACACCAAAUGGAAUAUUCAGUCAGUUAGGCACUUGAACUUGCUUGAAUAUCAAAGCAAAUCUCUUUUAGAGAAGUAUAAUGUGACAGUUCAAAAAUUCAUAGUUGCAGACAAGAUUGAAGACACCAAUUCCCUGUCUAAGCUUAAUCCUGGAGAAUAUGUUGUUAAAGCACAAAUUUUAGCUGGAGGACGUGGUUUAGGCGUAUUUGAUUCAGGCUUUAAAGGAGGUGUCCACCUUACCAAAGAUCCAGUAAAAGCCAAAAGUCUUGUUGGUGAAAUGUUGAACAAAAGGCUCAUUACUAAGCAGACACCUAAAGAUGGCAUUCCUGUGAAUCAUGUGAUGGUAGCAGAAUCAGUUGACAUUUUAAGAGAAACAUACCUUUGCAUUCUCAUGGACAGAGAAUACAAUGGACCAGUUAUCAUUGCCAGUCCUGCUGGUGGAAUGGAUAUAGAAGAUGUGGCCCAUAAAACUCCUGAACUGAUUAAGACUCUGCCAGUUGAUAUUUUUGAAGGGGUCACUGAUCAAAUGGCAAAUGACCUUGCAGAAUUUCUUCUUUUCAAAGGGGAUUUAAAAAAGAAAGCUGCUCAGGAAAUCAAAAACUUGUGGGAAAUGUUUCUCAAGGUGGAUGCUGUGCAAGUUGAAAUCAAUCCCUUCGUUGAAACCCCGCAAGGACAAGUAGUUAGUGUUGACGCCAAGAUCGGUUUCGACGACAACGCAAAGUUUCGCCAGCAGGAAAUCUUUGACAUGGAGGACACAACGGAAUGUGAUCCUAGAGAAGUAGAAGCCAAUAAAUACAACUUAAACUACAUCGGAAUGGAUGGAAAUAUUGGUUGCUUGGUUAAUGGGGCUGGACUCGCCAUGGCGACGAUGGACAUUAUCCAACUUUAUGGAGCUUCUCCUGCAAACUUUCUUGAUGUUGGAGGCACUGUUCAAGAACAGCAAGUCCUUCAAGCAUUCCAAAUCCUCACCUCUGAUAAAAAUGUCAAAGCUAUUCUUGUAAACGUGUUUGGAGGUAUUGUCAACUGUGCAACCAUCGCAUCAGGAAUUGUCGGUGCUUGUAAACGCAUUGAGUUGAAAGUUCCACUUAUCGUUAGACUUGAAGGAACCAAUGUUGAUGCAGCAAAGCAGAUCCUUAAAGAUUCAGGGCUUCCCAUUCAAAGUGCAAGUGACCUUGAUGAUGCUGCUAAAAAAGCAGUAGCCAGCAUCUAAUCCUUAACUGGUAUUCUUGUGUAUAUCUAACCCUUAGAUUUAUGGACCAAAAAACUGUAGCUAUGAUUUAAAAUAAAAUUAAAGGUGGUGCAAUAUUGAUUGGGUACAUUUUGCAAAAAAAUCAA